AUGAAAGAUUACUUAAACCCUCUUAUUCGUCGGAAACCAGAUGAAAUUAUUCUUCAUAUUGGUACAAACAAUCUUAAAGAUGCAGCUAUGGAACCCCAGAGCCUGGCUGAAGGUAUUUCUAGUCUUGCAUUACAAAUUAAUACCAACUCUCCUACUACGAAAAUAUCUGUUUCUAGUUUAAUAACUCGACAAGAUAAUUCAAGUCUAAUAAACAAACUUAAUGAGACGAAUAAGCGACUCAAGGCCAU